UAUAAUUAGAAUAUCUAUUAAAUAUAUAUAUAUAUAACAAGUAAUUGAUAUGACUAGUAAUAGCUUCCCACCGGAAGAUAUCCAAUUGAUAGUUGGUAAAAUUGCAGAAAUAUUACGAAAAAGAAAUGAGACAUUAUCAAUCUCAGAAGCAGCUUGUGGAGGAUUAAUUUCAGCUUAUAUAGUAUCAAUACCGGGAGCUUCUAAUUUUUAUAUAGGAGGUAAAUUAGUUUAUUCAUUAAAGCAAAGAUUGAAAUUGUCAGGAUGGACUGAAGAAGAAAUUAGAAAUUAUAUGGGACCAUCAACUCAAGUGGCAUUAAAAUUAGCUCGAACUACAAAAUAUGAAUUAGGUUCAACAUAUGUUUUAUCGGAAACAGGAUUUGCUGGACCAUCUCAAGAUUUACAUUUGAAUGAUAAUGAAUCUAAAUCUGGAACUAAUGAACAAGUUGGUACUGUUUAUAUAGGAUUUUCUGGUCCUAAGGGAGAAGUAUCAAUUUCAAAGCAAACUGGAAGUCAUGAUAGAUCAUUAAAUAUGACUGAAUUUGCCAGAAUUGGAUUGAAAUUCCUCUUGGAACAACUUGAAAAGAUUAAUGAUUAAUGUUAAUUAGGGUAAAUAGAAUUCGAUAAUAAAAAUAUUAGGAUUAUUGAAUAUAUA